AUGCUACGACUUCAGAACGUUAUUCACACAGAAGAAGGGGACUCAGUGUUGUGUGUGUUGAAGAGAGCGCUACAAUCUGCAAGCAAAGAACAAGGUCUGCUAAUAGGACUGUUAUGCUGGUGCUUAUGGUUUCGCCGGAACAAAUGGGUGUGGGAAAGAAAUAAUAUGUCAACAUUUGGCAUAAAAUCACUGGCUGUAAACAUGUUGACAGAUUGGAGAAAGGCGUUGGAGCAAGGGGAGCGACGUACAGGAGGAGUACAGGUGCAGCAACGACAAUGGUCUAAACCACCCGCUGGUUGGCUAAAGGUUAAUAUCGAUGCUUCUUGCAGGCAAGGGAAUGAAUGGAUAGGCGCAGGGUGUGUGGUCAGAGAUGAGGAAGGUAGGUUUGUUCGUGCACGAACUACAGUAGUCAGAGGACGGGCAUAUGCAAGGGAAGCCGAAGCUUUGAGCCUCAAAGAAGCAUUAUCCUGGAUGAAAACGUGGAGGCACAACAAGUGCAUUUUUGAGUCAGACUCUAAGGUACUGAUAGAUGCAAUUCGAGCUGGCCAAGGCAAGUCAAUUUUUGACACUCAUGUGGAGGAUUGUAGGGAAUUACUUAAACACUUUGAGGAUGUGUUAGUUGUCUUUGUAAAUCGAUCUGCGAAUAGUGUAGCCCAUGAGUUAACAAAGGCUGCUUAUUCUAUGUCAGGUCCUCAGGAAUGGUUAUACGCUGCUCCUGAAUUUAUUAUCUGUAACCUUGCCCUAGAGGCGAUUUGA